AUGAUACAAUAUAAACCAAAUGGAGCUGAACAAGGAUCGCCGGCAGCACAAGGUUAUACAAUGUUUAAUUUCAAUCCUGAUUAUCCAGAAUUGACUAAGGGUAACUGUUGGUAUAAUACUCUCCCAAUAAAAAAUUUUGGUGCAUUUCCAUAUUCAUGGAUGACAGCUGACGAGUUAAAAAUUAAUGCACUUAGAUAUGAUUCAUCUGAUAUAUGUGAUUUAAAAACAAGUGGUAUUGGCAAAGUACCAUGUUUAAGUUACUUUGAAACCAAUGAUGGUAUACCAGUUAAAACAAUACAAGCAAGAGCGGCAACAGUUGAACCGCUGUUUAAUUUGCCUGCACAAUGGCCAUCAGCAUGUGGCAAUGCUAAUAACGGUUACUCACACUUACCAGUACGCGGUUUUGUUGUUACACCAGAUGGUGGUCUUGAUAAUUUCACAUUAAAAUUACAAACACCGCCUGUUCAUUCAUUGGGUGAUGAAGUAACAAUCAGUUUUAGACCAAAACCAAAUUGGUAUUAUAAUGGUACAAAAUGUGCAAAAUUCACAGUUAAUGGCAAUCCAAAAAUUGUUUUUACAAAAGAGAAUUGGAAUAAACCACAACGUGUUGAUAUGGAAUUUUCUGGGUAUGGUUGUUGUACGUAUGAAAUUGAAGGUAUGGGUGGUAGUUAUGAAUGGCAAUAUCAAGAGCAAACAUUUGUUGUUUAUGGUUGCGAUGGAAUUGGAGGAUAUGGCUGUAAUGGAAGACAACCAUGUGGUGCUUAA